GGUAGAGUUAAAGAGCCGGCCUCCUCCCAACUAAAACAAAUCAAAAUUUAGUAGGUCUCAGCAUUUUUAAUUUAUAGUAGGAAAUGUUUCUCAAACGUUCAUAAACUCCAGACAAUCAGCCAUGGCUCUGGUUUUAACUAGCUCAUUGUCUGUAAAUGGCUGCCCCUGGCGCACAGCACCGUCUCUCGUAAAUGCCAGACCACGUCAUAUCACGCACAGUAGAGAGGCCUCCACUUAUUCCCCUUAUUUUCUCAAUCUUCGCCUGCGAGGAAUCACUGAGUCCACGUCUAUAGUGAAUCGUAAGUUGACGCGUACCUCGCGCAGGGAAAGCAUUUGCAGGGCUCAGAUGAGCUUCAUCCCGGCGGAUUCAGGGAAAGCCUUAUUCUGCGCCCUUGCUGCCUGCGCCGCUUUUGCUCAGGUUAUGGAAAACAAUACAAAGUGGGGAUCUUUUGUUUCAGCUCCCCUGAUUGCAAUGGGGACAUCUAUGUUUUUGUCUGGCAUCCAGUUUAUACCAGUUGCUGCUCAAGUGUAUGAUUCUGUAUUUACGUUAAUUAUGCCAAUGGCUGUGUCAUUAUCAUUACUAGAAAUCGAUGUUAAGCAGGCCUUCUCUGAUGCAGGAAUCACCUUGAAGGCCUUUUGGUUGGGUGCUUUUGGGACUGUUCUUGGAACAAUUAUUUCAUUUAAAAUAGUUGGGCAUGCUCUUGGAGUAGAAGGGUGGAAGAUUGCUUCAUCCCUUUGUGCUAGUUACAUUGGUGGUAGCAUCAAUUAUGCAGCAACAGCACAGGCAUUGGGGUUAACUUCAUCAAGUAUGUUGGCCGCUGGAAUUGCUGCUGACAACUUGGUAAUGGCUGGUUAUUUUGCACUUAUUUUUUCAUUGCGUGAGAAAAGCAUAGGGGAUGGACAUAUUGAAGAUAAAUCAGAAGACUCAUCUCUUUUCAACAGGGAUGUAGAAUCCAGUGUGGAAUCUAUAUCUGUAUCUCUUGCAGCUGCAGCUGUAGCAUGCACUGCUGGUGAUGCCAUUGCAAAACUUCUACCCUUAUCUUUUGCAGGGUCUAGUCUUGCCAUAAUGGCAAUUAUUACAUCUUUGUUUUCAAGCACAGUAGCACAACUUUCUGGAGUUUCAGAACAUGCAAAUAUUCGUUGUUUUGCUGGUGCACAAAAAAUGGGAGCAUCACUUAUGCUUCUCUUUUUCUCAGUGAUUGGUGCAUCCACUAGCCUUAAGGAAGCAAUUUCUGGAGGAGGUCCAUUGUUUGUCUUCAUUUUUUUACUCAUCUUUAUUCAUUUGCUCAUCAUACUUUUCAUUGGUCGUUGGCUCAAAUUUCCACUACGAACUAUCCUUGUUGCAUCUAAUGCAAAUAUAGGUGGGCCAGCUACAGCUGCAGCCAUGGCCAACUGUCGAAACUGGAAAGAAUUGGUGCAACCGGCAAUAUUAGUGGGAACGUUAGGCUACACUAUAGGUACAGCUGUUGGAUGCUUAAUUGGUUUGCGAUUUCUACGCCCAAUGCAAUGAUUCGCAAGUUCCAAGAUAUCAUUGUAGCGAGAAUUUGUGUAUUGAUCAUGACGUUGGAUCCAAACUGGUUGCAAAGUCUUAAGAAUUAUUAGAAUUCUUCUAGGAAAGCGAAUCAGGAAUUUUAGAGGGUUGAGCACAAUAUUUUUUUAAAAAUAUAUUUUUUUAAAUAUAAAAUUCAAUGAUAAAUGUCUGCACUUCUGUAUUUGGUUUCUUGUAACAAAGCAUGCUUCUUUUCACAUGUACUACUGGUUCUCUGAUAAUUCUGUCAAUGAUUGAGAUGAAAAUCAUCAUAUAAAUCAGUAUAGAUAUAUUAAAUGCAUAUAUUACAAGAUGCAUUGCAUCA